GUCAUACGGAAGGGUUCCUUCCAGGCAGAGCCCAACCGCUGACACCCACGCUGUAAGAUUAAUGCCAAUGAUGUAGUCUGGUUUCAUAGUGAAACCAGCAGAAGAGGCUAAUUGUCAUUCUACAGAACCUCGGUGUGGGAAUUCAACUGGACCUUCUCCUCUCUCUUGGGUGUUUACCGUAGAGUUUGUGGAAUGCUGCUGGACGAGACUCCACUCUUUGACCCGUCUCUGCUUCAGGAGCUAGACUGGAGUAGCAAUAGUGUUUCUUUCUCUCCUCCCAUCUCCCCCUCCAGCCCCGGUGAGGGUCUGGUGAUCAGGCCGCUCUGCACAGCCGACUUCAACCGGGGGUUUUUCAAGGUUUUAUCUCAACUCACCCAGACUGGUGACGUCACACCAGAGCAAUUUACAAAAAAGUUUGAGCACAUGAAGAAAACAGGAGACUACUAUGUUGUGGUGGUGGAGGACACAACUCUAGGACAGAUUGUUGCCACGGCAACAUUGAUCACAGAACAUAAAUUCAUCCACUCCUGUGCUAAGAGAGGCCGAGUGGAGGAGGUCGUGGUCAGCGAUGUGUGCAGAGGGAAGCAACUGGGGAAACUGUUAGUUUCAACUCUUCUUCUGCUCAGCAAAAAACUUGAUUGCUACAAAAUCACACUGGAAUGUGCACCCAAAAAUGUGGCUUUCUACCAGAAGUUUGGCUACAAAGCUUCAGAUGAGACCUACAUGCAGUGCAGAUUCUUUGACUGAGGACAAAGCAGCGGAAAGUCCCUGUUUUUUGGGGCAUGGACCUCACAUUCUUUCACCCGCAAACAUGAGAACUUCUUGAGAAUUUGUGGUUUGGAUUAUGAGUUGUUGUGACAAAUGUACGUUGAAGAAGCCCUCCUUUCAGUCAGUGAACUUCUGCCCCUUUGGUAACCAAGGCUACCUCAACAGGGUGGAGCUCUAGCAAUGUCUGUUCCCCUGUGAUCUGAAGAGAAGGAACACCAAUUACAGCAAAUUUAAUGUCUUAUUUUGUAACAUUAUUUGCUUUUGCACUGACACAUAAUACAUUUUUUUUCUGUAGCUGCGAUGCAAUUGCAGUAAAUACAUGAGCUUGGAAAAUCACGAUGGUAUCAAAUCAUGCUCUAUAUCUGAAACAGAUUAGUAAUAGUAAAAAUGGUUCACUACAGCCACGAACGCUUGAUUCAUAUGUUGUCUUACAAAUAUGAUCGUCAGAGGCAAAUCACCAAAGAAAAGCUGCUUUUCUUUAAAGUGACUAAUCUGUUCUCUCAAGAUUUUGGGCUUUUCUGGGUUGCAUUUUUCUAAUAAGUUUUUUUUUUUUAGUAUAACAAGAACCAGACAGUUCAAGAGGUUUUGUAUUCGGUCAGUAUGUGAAAUUCCAUCUGAAUCAUAGGAGGAAACUUCUCACAGGCCAAGGAUAGAAGUGAUUUUUGUAAAACUCUUAUUUAAGUUUUUUAAUUAUGCUGUUAUUUCUGGUGAACAGGGAUCAUAUUUAAUGUAAUUUAUUUUCAGAUAUCCAAUAGUCAAAUAAAAUAUUCUAUCCAUCUGA